AUGCAAUCACACGACGAACUUGCUGCUCUCUUUUCUCGGUGGUCUCUGGAGCCUGUUCAGCAACUCGCACAGGUCCAGGUCCCGAACCAAGAACCGAAGAUUGUCUACGUCUCGGCGCAUUACAACCACUCGGCUCAUACUCGUCCCCAGGAUACUCAACCGUCACAGCCUGCGCCCAGAGGGACAUCAGAGCCGCCUGCGCUCUCUGAGGUUGAAGCUGUUCUCAGAAAGCACCAUGUGAACACGGCAGGCCUAUCCCGUGGCCAGCUCCAGCUGUUCAAGUCAGUGGACGAUCCACAGCGCUAUAGGCUUAUUGACCUGUGGCGCAACUGCCCUCCUACAAACCGUAGCGACAAUCCUACACUAGACUGGAGUAUGACAAGCGUGAACCAGGAAGAGAUUCUGGCCAAGAACCGAUGGGAGCAACAACAACAACAACAGCAGCAGUCUGUUGAACAAGAGGUGGUCAUGAGCCUCGAUGGAACUCCCCUGACUCCGAUUCAGGCAGGGGACGGUCGUUGGAUUGCGGCGGACUCACAUCAUGAUAUGGAGCCCUAUAUGGCUUUGGGUUAUGAGGAAAUGGCCCGCCGUGAGUAUGAAGAGUCCGCCCGUCGAGCAUUUUCUGAAUCUGUGGAACGGACAAAGGAUGCAUGCCACCCUCUCGCCAUUGCCACCGGUGGCCCGAUUUUUAACCCCGCGCAUUCGGAUCCUGUUUAUGCCAGCUCCGGGGUUGACUGGAGGCAACAGGAGGCUAUGGCAAACCAAUACGGAAGAUUGAUGGCGUACAGGGAUGACGAGGAGAUGCUUUGAGCUGGGAGUCAGGCUAUAUGUUCAUCUGUUUCAAGGGAGGAACGGAGGAGGCUGUUUGACUUUAUGUACGGCGUUAUUUUGAUUGGGCAUGUACAACUAUGUUUUUGCUGGGUAUGUAUAUUGUUAGCGGACUUCCAAGUAUCGCUGGGUGUGUUGGUCUCAGGAAAACAGAGCUGGUAAAAGAUGUGGCCCCCUUCUACUCAACCGGCGCAGAUAGGCGAAUUAAACCAGGAAAGGCUGGGCAGCUCAGGUUUAGAUACUCUUUAAGGUUUGACAUCUCGUCUUUUUUCUCGUUGGGUUCAAAUAUAAUGGUAGCCUGAUUAUGCGUCAAUCCUGCCUGUUGGUCCCAGCCCAUCUGGGAUUCUGUGUGGCUUUCGAUGUUGUGGUUUACAUGGGAAUGUAGAAGCGUUCAUACUGGUGAU